CUUUCGACAUCGCAUUUUACCUCUCCCCUUUGUACCUCAAUACUACUAAAUAUCCGCCAUGAAAGAUCUGUCCAAAGACGAUAUUCUUAACAUUCCAGAGGGCGUUAACAUCAGUAUCAAGUCUCGUAUAGUCACUGUCAACGGACCACGAGGUGAACUCACCAAGAACCUUCGUCACCUUAACAUGGAAAUCAAGUUUGUCGGAAACGACAAGCUCAAGUUUGUUGUCUACCACGGCAACCGCAAACAUGUUGCAUGCAUCCGAACCGUUCGAUCCAUCAUCAACAAUAUGAUCAUUGGCGUUACCAAAGGUUUCGAGUACAAGAUGCGCUACGUCUAUGCCCAUUUUCCCAUUAAUGUCAUCAUUGCUGAUGAUGCGAAGUCAGUCGAGAUCCGAAACUUCCUUGGCCAAAAAGUCAGUUUCCGUGUCAAGAUGCUUGAGGGCGUUAUUGUUAGUCAAUCUAGCAGCCAAAAGGAUGAGCUGGUUCUCACUGGUAAUGAUUUGGAAGCUGUUUCUCAGUCAGCUGCUAGCAUCCAACAAAUAACCAGUGUAAAGAAUAAGGAUAUCAGAAAGUUCCUUGAUGGCGUCUACGUCUCUGAACGUAACAUCUUGGAAUCGUCUGCAUAAACAAAAGUAUCUUAAAGCAUGAAAGUUCUCAUCCACCGAUGAGGCUUUCCUUAAUAAACCAGACACCGUCUGCAGGGAAAGGCUAUAACUGUCUUCCCAACCCAUCCAGUGUUGCGAGAGUGUUGUGUGUCAGGAUCGGACCAGACAGAACCCGUGUUAUGAAAUGAUCUGCGGUGUCCCACGCCAGAACAAUAUGUUUAUAAACGGGCCAUGAGUCAAGUUGACCUCCUCGUUUGCGCCGGUCCAGUCUUACUA